UUUCUAUACAUGGAUUCCCUGAGAAGACAGUGUUUCACCUCCAGAAUGGCCUCCAGAAUUGCAGUGCAUCUUAUAUACUGUUUUACUCUCAUAGUUGCAUUGUUGUGUAUACCAUUUUGUGCUGUAAUGAAGGAAGAUCCUUGCAGCCUGAAGCAGACUUGUGGUGCCUGUAUCCAGGAACCAAAAUGUUUUUGGUGUAGUGAUCCUUUGCUGAAUGAAACAGAGCAACAGCGGUGUAGCCAGAGAAAAGACCACUGUGAUAAAAACUACAUUAUAGAUCAAAUCACUAAUUACACAGAGCUUAGGAAGAAGCCACUUGUCUCAUAUACAAGCAAUGUGUCUGAAGUCAUUCAGAUAACUCCACAGGAAGUGUACCUCAAUAUGAGAGUCAAUGAUCCAAUCAACAUUACUCUGAAAUAUGCACGUGCUGAAUAUCCAGUGGAUUUGUAUUAUCUCAUGGACUUGUCUUUUUCAAUGAAGGAUGAUAAAGACACUUUGCAAACUCUUGGAUGGAACCUGGAAGAGCUCAUGAGAAAGUUCACAUCAGAUUUCAGGCUGGGAUUUGGGAGUUUUGUCGAUAAGGUUUCCAGGCCAUACACGAGCACUAUACCUGCCAAAUUGGAAGCACCCUGCAAAAACUGCAAAUCUCCAUAUGGAUUUCACAACCACAUGAAGCUUAGUGACAAUGUGACACAAUUUCUACUUGAGGUUAGUGCUGCAAAUGUGUCUGGAAAUGUGGAUGAACCAGAGGGAGGACUUGAUGCCUUGAUGCAGUCUGUGGUUUGCUCAGAGGAAAUUGGAUGGAGGCGAAAUGCUCGCAAACUAUUGGUCUUCUCCACUGACACUGGUUUCCAUAUAGCAGGUGAUGGAAAGCUGGGAGGCAUCAUUGAACCAAAUGAUGGAAAAUGCCAUUUGGAUGAAGGUGGAAUGUAUACACAUUCUACACUUCAGGAUUAUCCUUCAAUUUUACACCUUAAACAUAGAGUGAGAGAGAAUGCUAUCAAUAUCCUGUUUGCUGUGACAAAGCCCCAGCAAGAAGUGUACAGUCUCCUGUCAAAAAAUAUAGAUGGGGCAAAAGUUGGCCACUUGACAGCCAACUCUUCCAACAUUUUAGAACUGGUAGAAGAACAGUACAAGAAAGUUUCAUCGUCUGUUGAUAUGCAGCAUGAUGCUCCAGAAUAUAUACAAGUUACAUUCUAUACCUCAUGCCAAAGUUCAUCUGAGGCAGUAAGGCAAUCCAACAAAUGCAAUGAACUUAAAAUUGGGCAGGAAGUUGAAUUCCAAGUGGAAAUCGUAGUUCGUUCUUGUCCAGCAGAUCCAAGUGACUGGAAUCAAACCUUCAGGAUUUUUCCUGUUGGAAGUCAAGAAGCAGUCCUUGUUUAUCUUGAAAUGAGCUGUGAAUGCUCUUGUGAGCAUCACGAGCAUUCUCUCUUGUUCUUCCAGGAAUACAUAGAGGAUGCUCCACAGUGUUCUGGUAAUGGCACAUACAUGUGUGGAGUGUGUGCAUGUAAUAGCAUGCACUUUGGGAAGAAAUGUCAGUGCAGCUCAAGUGAACCUCUCUCAACAGGAACUGAAUUACACAGAGACUGUAAGCCCAGAAAAGAUCAAAAUGUUUCUGACUGCUAUGGGCAUGGGACUUGCACCUGUGGAGUAUGUCAGUGCACAGAGAUGUUCUAUGGAAAAUACUGUGAAUGUGAUGACUUCUCGUGUAAACAGGAAGACAGUGAGCUGUGUGCCGGUCAUGGCUCAUGUAAGUGUGGAAUAUGUCAGUGUGAAGCAGGCUGGAUUGGUGACACCUGCAGCUGUCCAGUUUCUACAGAGAACUGUAGAUCUGCUGAAGAGAGUAAACUCUGCUCUGAUCAUGGACGUUGCAUUUGCGGUACUUGCCAGUGCAGUGAAAAGUAUAUGGGAAAAUACUGCGAAGAACAGAUUCCCACUGUGGAUCAGAGUACAUUGUGCGAAAGUUUAUUUCCCUGUGUUCUAUGUCAAGUACACAAGAGAGGGUCGCUCACUUCAGAACAGUGUGCUGAAAAGUGCACAAAUCUGACAAUCAAAAAAGUAGAUGCCGUAGAGGAGAACAUAACUGGUGGUACUGACUGUGAGCAGGACUAUGAUGAAUGCCAAUUGAAAUAUCAAUACCUAUACAGUGAAACAUCAGCCAUCGAAAUAAAGGCAUUACAUGAAUUGAAAUGUCCUAUACAGAUGAGUUACUAUACCUAUGCUGUGCCAGUUGUAGUCGUUUUCAUCAUUAUUGGAGUUGUCCUUGCUCUGUGGAAAUGGUUAACUUUAAAAAAAGAGAAACUUGAGUUCAGAAGGUUUAUAAAUGAGCAAGAAAUGUCAAAUUGGGGAGUGAGACUGCUGCUGUAUUACCUUAUUUUGCUAAGAAACACUGUUCAUCAGAAUAAUGUCUUCAUAACACCACCUCUAUCUGUUUAAGUUGUAAAUUAUCAUGAUUUCUUUAUGAAGAAACUGAAGAUAUCUAGUAGAGAAUAGAUCAUCAAUCUCGGAAAGAACUCAAUAUACAUAUAUGUAAUUUGAAUAUAAAAUAAAGUUUAUGUUUUAAUAAAUACUAAAAGAGAAAAAUGUAAUAUUGAAACCCCUUGAGAACACGGUUUUGGAAUCACUACAAUAUAAGAUGAUGAUAUCAUUACCACUACAUAAUUGAAACGAAAAUUAUGCUUUGUCACAAUUAGAAUUCUUAUUUAUUAAGUUAACAACGAGUGAAUCGGUUAGUGAAGAUAAGGAGUUGCCCACUUCAAACCACAACCAGGAAAAACUACCCUGAACAGUCUUUUUGCUCAGUUCAUCCAUAGAACUGCUGAAAUAAUACCUCAAAUUUUGUCAUGACCAUUUCCAUUCCACAUCUAUUCCAAUUUAUUAUUCACUUUUCAUCCUACCAUUCAAUUCUGUAUAGUCUGAACUACUCACUGUUUCAUUAAAUAAAACGUAAAUAAUAGAAUAAUCUCAUGGCUGAUAAAUUGAAAUGUAAUAUAUGAAUUUAGAGCUUCUCACAGCAUUGAGCAUUAAAAUUAAAGUCUACUUGGUUACCUUGAACAUGAAGGCAGCAGUUUCUUCUUGAAUAUUGGUACCUAUAUGCCAAGUUACAUGGUAUUGUAACAGAUUUGAUCAACACAUUGCCAGGCAACAGCUCUGUAAAUAGAGUCCAGCACACAAAAAUAGAUGAAGCUUUGUUUUCUAUGCUGUCCAAGCUGAGCAGAGGUGGAACAGCGGGGUUAUGCAACCCGCUUCUAGGCACCAGCUUGGUAAACACAUUUCCGCAUAUCGGACCAUGCUAUGAAAGCUGUGAUGUCAUCGGCAAUAGAGACGGUGUUUUCUGUGGGGUCUGUGCAGAGCGCUUAUAAGAGAAUGGAAUGACAGAAUUCAUUCAUGGGCACCAACUGCUUUUCAUGGUGCUGUAGGCCUUAAAUUUCACCCAUUCGAAAAAGCCAACGCAAUUGCUGAUUGUUUGGGAAUUCAGUUCACGCCGCACGAUCUGUGCGACGAUAACCAUGAACAGCGGGUGGAGGCUAGAGUUCAAGCUCUGCUCGAAACCAUAGACGACAAACCCCCUCAAAGGGUCACACCAAAUGAAUGCCUGAGGUAACUUCCGAGGCGACCAUUGGUUCAC